AUGUAUGGAGGGUAUUGGGGUAAUGUAUCCGGAACAGUCGGUCUUUCCUGUGCCCAACACAUGUUCGUGUUGCCGGGGGGAGGGGUAGACCUACAAAAGGGGGAAAGAUUUGCCAAUGUUGAUUUUGCGAUGGCAUCUGGCUUGAAGCGUUGGAUGGAACUGCGCUUGCACGUCUCAGGCUACGACAUCAAUUAUCAGUAUUGGAUCCACUUCGACAAACAAAUGGCAUGGAUGGGCGAUCACACAGGGCACCUUCCAGCUGUAUCCAGUGUUACGACGCAAACAAGUUUGUGCCUUGGCAGGAAAGAAAUAACUAUAAAAGAACAGGAAAUUGAGGAACAAGCUCCAUCAUCUUUGAAUGAGCCACCCAUGAUGUCAAUCCCUCCUGCUGAAGAUGGAAUUCGACUGCCACCUAUUUUGGCUGGAGGAGUAUCAAUAGAGGUCUGUGUCCUUCCUAGAAAAGAGGGGAUUUGGUUGGAAGAUGGGGUUUCAGUGGAUGUGAUUGAAAGAAAUCCAGAUGGCAACUACGAGUUUACAACUAUUGUUCUUUCCAAAACGGUCUGGCAAGAUGAUCAUAUUGCCGUCUUUGGUGGAGCGGGCAAUGAGCAGCAGUUCAUAGUGGUGACAUCUACUUUCUGUGUCAACUCUCCUCCCCCACUUGGCUAUGCAAUGUAUCACAUGUUUGGUGAGUACAUUCGAGCUCUCUUCAGCUCUAACCGCAAACAUGUUCCCGCAUCUGAUGGCAAUAUCUUGGAGAUUGCGAGGUGA